AUGGCAGACAAGAAGAAGCGAACCACCAAAGCUAGCAAGGCUCCAAAGGAAAAUCUUAGGCUCGUCAUCCGACGCCUGCCACCCAAGCUCCCGGAAGAAAUCAUGAUGCGACUGCUUGCUCCUUACCAGCAAUUCUUUUCCAAUUUCUACUUUGUUGUCGGAGACCCCACUCUGGAAAAGAAUUGCUUUGCACGCGCUUACGUCAAGUUCAACAACCGUGACGCCAUGCUCCACUUUGCCCGAGGCUUUGACGGCCAUCUGUUCAAAGGCCAGGAUGGGUCGGAACACCGUGCACGGGUGGAAUGUGCUCCAUUUGCCGACGUGCCACCAAAGAAAGCACCCGACCCCCUUCAGGGCACAAUUGAGGAUGAUCCGGACUACAAGCGCUUUCUAGAGGAACGUGACGCCAAGCCCGAAGCCUUGCCGAGCGCUGAAGAAUGGCUCAAGGAGCAUGAAGCCCAACUUGCUGAAUUGGCAGACCCUGCCGAUGCCACCCCGCUGCAGGCAUUUGUGGGCUUAAAAUUAGAAGAAAAGGCCAAGGCUAAACGCGCUGAACGGCGCUCAAAGGCCAAGGCCAAGGACAAGGUGAAGGCCAGCAAGGCCAGUGCCAACACGCACCACGAUAAAGAGACCAAAAAGAAGAUGUGGACCACCACCGACAAGGCCCAGGUCUCAUUCGCAGAGCGCGUCAGCGCAUCGAAAAAGGCCGCUGCGGAGCAGGCCAAAACAAAAGCAAAAGGCAACAGCUCUCACUCUGGCAGCGGCUCAAAAAAGAGCAACGUGUCGCUACCCCCGCCAACCCCCACGCCGACCAAGAUCCUGACAAAACCUAGCAGCGCUCGCAAUGCCUCAGCCUCGGAUAAAAGCAAAAGCAAGCAAGAAGGGCCUUCGGCGCCCGCGUCCAACACGCCUGGCCAGCUCGUUUUACCGGCUCCGACAGCACAAGCUCCCACCCAGUCAAGCCGACCUGCUGCAGGAGCGGGAGCCAACAACAAGCGCGACGAAGCAUCAACAGACAAAUCAAGAGGUCGCCGGCAAAAGCGACCAGAUCGCGCCACUUACAAGCCACCUUCUGAACGACACGCUGCGAGGCUAGCGGCUGAAGGUGCGGGUGACGCUGCCCCCAAAGCGCCAGGUGGUCGCGGCAGCGGCAGUGGUGGCCGAGGCGGUGGCCGUCGUGGUGGACGAAGCCGGGGGAGCGCUGCUUGAGCUGGAAGGGCAUUCAACCCUCCGCUCUGACUGUCAUGCGGGUUGUGCCUAUGUGGAAGGGUAUCCUAUGGCAAGCUCAUGGCGCAGCGACCUUCCUAUGCCUUUGAUGCCUUUGAAGUGGGUUUGACAAGCGCUGGAGCAUGCAUUCUAUAGCUUGAAACGUUGCCCCCACGCUGGCUGGUCCUGCAGGGCGCACACAUUUGCAUCCUGGCUCGCCAUGCAAGCCACUCCAUGCAAUCAUCGCAUCUUGUUGGCUCACCACCCCCGUGCUGAACAACGCCUGCGUUGCACACACCAGAUGCCGUGCACCUGCCUCAUGUUGACUGGUUGUACCAAGACAAUCAGGUUAGGAUACAGAUGUGAGGUCCAUGGUGUUUCGUGACCAUGAUGCGUUUGGUGCUCCCAUAUUUUUUGGGGGGGUGGGGGGCCAUGCCAAGCCAUGGCGCUUUGAUAGUUGACGCAUACAAUGCC